UUAUCUGUGGAAAUUGCUGAUUCAGAUAAACUUUGGAAAGUAAUUCAAAAGGUUUGGAUUGAAAUAGAUAUGAAAUACAUUAACAAGCUUAUUAAAAGUGUGUCUCAAUAUGUAAAUGAUAUUUAUAAAGCAAUAAGGGUUAUACAGUAUAGUAGGCUAUAG